GGCUCUGUUACUCCGAGCUUGCCACACGCUUUCCGCUAGGUGGCUCUGCCUACGUAUACACUUACGCUACCACAGGAGAGUUUUGUGCUUUUGUUAUUGGUUGGAGCAUGGUGUUAGAAUACACACUUGGGGCCGCUCUAGCGGCUAAAACGUGGAGUCAGUAUGUUGAUGUCGUAACGAAUGGAAGUCUUUCUCGUGCGAUGAAUGACUGGAUAGGGGUCCUCAGUGUUCCAGGUUUUGAUACCAGUCCGGACAUUCCAGCUGUCUUAGUGAUCCUUAUUGUCACAGUAGGUGUUGUUGGGAAAGUAAAACUAGGCUGUAUAAUCAACAAUGCUCUGGUGUUUAUUAAUCUUCUGGUUAUAACUGGAGUGAUAUUGGUGGGAAUGUUCAACAUGGAUGCUGAAAACUGGAUAACAGGAGCUGGCUUCUUCCAGUUUGGUUUAGGAGGGCUGAUUACUGGUGCCACGUUGUGUUUCUACGCUUUUAUUGGCUACGACAUCAUAGCGACCUCUACUGGAGAGAUGGAACAUCGCUCUAAAGUUCUUCCUGGAUCCGUCAGUCUCACCUUCUUAAUUGGUCUCGUGGCAUCUUUCAUCACAGCGGCAUCUAUAACUUUAGUGGUCCCUUCAUCACUUCUUGAGAAAAGAGGCCCUCUUCUGCAAGCUUUUGACAUUAGGAAAAUUCACGGAAUGAAAUUCUUUGUCAUCAUCGGAGCCAAUUGCGGCCUGCUUUCAUCUACGGGGGCAUGUUUAUUUGCUUUGUCCCGAGUUCAACAUAGUCUGGCCAAUGAUGGCCUCCUUUUCUCUUUCCUAAGCCGCUAUAAUAACAACACUGGCACCUCCUGGUGGGCAAGUCUGACAUCAUCUUUACUAUCCGCAAUAGUAGCGGUUUUCUGUGACAGUACCGGUUUACUAAAUAUGUUGGGAAUGGGAACCCUUGUAGCUUAUAGCUCCGUUGCAGUAUCUGUGCUCUGCCUUCGCUACGGAGCUUCUGAACGGCUACCAUUAGAAUUAGGAGAAUUAUCUCGUGAGUCCACACUUACCCUGCCACUAGGUGGUACAAGUAACACUUAUUUGAGUCAAGUGAAUUCUAGUACUCAAACCCAUGGUUUGAACUCUACCAAAGAAGACGGGCCUGUGGCUCAAACACCUUCAUCCACUCCAAUAAAUGAAGCCUGGGAAACUGUAAAUGCAUGUACGCCAUCUACUGAUCAAAUUGGGGAGACAGCUAUAAUGGUGGGCACAGUUCAGAGAGACUACGGGGCUGUUCAGCCCAGAACAAUGUCAGUGGAAUUUGUAAACGAGAAUUACGUCUCAUCCUUAUCUGACCUCACCUCUCUGGGCUACCAGAAGCAAGAACCAAACCGAAAGUCGGUUACUACUUCUGCUGCCAUGGUGGCCACAAUAUUCUCCCUCGCGGCUAUCAUGGGACUGUUAACCAUGCACGCACCACUCUUAGGACAUGAAAAUCGUUGGUGGCUAGAAGUGGUGGUCUGCGUGAUGUUUGUGGCAGUUAUUACGUGUGUUGGGGUGUUACUAAGGCAACCACGACACCGGCCUCGUAUAAGAAAUGGUGUAGCCUGCAUUCCAUUUCUUCCAAUCUGUGCUAUCUGGAUCUGUGUCCAUCUGAUGACUUGUCUAUCUUAUACAGCAUGGGUGACCUUCCUAGUGUGGGACCUCAUAG